AGCACAUUUGCCAUUGCAACGACACAACCUGAACUCCAGACCUCACAUUCGAAUCUACAUCACUAUGGCCUCACUGACACUCCCACGGGCUGCGGUGCGCAGCCUCUCGCGAAGCGUACCUUCCUUUCGAUCCAAAGCUCCGCGCAUCGCCACAAGAUGUCUACACGAGCAAUCAUCGCCCAUCACAGCGUCAAAACUUCAACACAGGCCAAGGGCGCAGCCAUGGAACCAGAGCGCUGCAGCGCCGUCGGCGACAGUCGCGCGCCGCACCAUGUUCAUUCAGACCGAGCCAACACCCAAUGCUGAUGCUCUCAAAUUCAACCCUAAUCAACGCGUCCUACCGGAGAACAUAUCGUCGCCCUUCCUCGAAUACCUCAAUCCCCGCUCAACCCUUGCGCCACCACACCCUUCCCCACUUGCCGCCGCACUCUUAAACAUCGAUGGAGUUACGUCAGUCUUCUUGAGCGCAGACUACAUCACCGUCACAAAAGACAGCGCAACACCAUGGGCGCACGUGAAACCCGAGGUGUUCGCUCUCAUCAACGAAUUCAUGACAAGCGGACAGGCCAUCGUCAACACGGUAGCAGCAAAAGCCGGCGAGCAAGGCCAAGGCGGCCAGGAAGCCGACAGUCUGGCGUACGACGAGAAUGACGAGGACGUGGUUGGCAUGAUCAAAGAGCUCCUCGAUACCAGAGUACGCCCCGCGAUCCAAGAAGACGGCGGAGACAUCGAGUUCCGCGGGUUCAAUGACGGGCAGGUGCUGCUGAAGCUUCGCGGCGCGUGUCGGACGUGCGACUCGAGUACUGUCACGCUGAAGAACGGCAUAGAGAGCAUGCUGAUGCAUUAUAUCGAGGAGGUGAAGAGUGUACAACAAGUCCUGGACCCGGAGGAGGAGAUAUCACUGCAGGCGUUUGCCAAGUUUGAGGAGAACCUGGCACAGCAGAAGGGUCCACAGGCUGUAGCAAAGACGGUUGGGAAGGGCAGUUUAGAUUAUGCGGAGGGAUAGAUAGUUGAAGACUAUGAAAUGAAAUUGUGUGAAGCGCAGAUAUUUGAUUUCCGUGACAUGGCACUUGCCCCACGGCGUAACGACUGGCUCGUCUACAUGCGUCUCUCCGUUUCCUGCUAAGAAAUGUCCUCGUUCAUCCGGGAUAGAUAUAGCGGACUGAAAUUUAGCUAGAUCAAUCAUAUACAAUAUACGACGACU